AUGUCUUCUUCGAGUAGUAUAAUUGAAGAUGCAAUUAGUAGUGUUUUCGGUCUCGAUCAAAGCUAUGUAAGAGGAUUAGGAUUUGGUGUGACUCGAUCGAAGAGUGUUACUACCAACACUCGCCAUAAGUGUUUGCUACUAGAUUGGGUUGUUUCAGGAGAAAUCAUUGUUGAAGGUAGAUGGUCUUCCAAUGAUCCAUCAAUUCUUGUUUCCCAUGUUCCUCUUGGCCCUAAUGUAGUUCGGGUGUGGGUUGAUACAGUGAAAAUACCAAAUUUCUUCUUAUGGAGACGUACCUCUGACAUUAUUGUUAUUGACAAUGUUGUGGGCACUACUAUAGCAUGGCUGAUGGAUGAAGCCAAACUAUCAAAUACCAUUGCCAAGAAAGCUCCGGCCACGGCACCACCCACCAUCAUUCCCCGGCUAACGCUUGCCGCCCCAUUUCCUUCCGGUGGGGGUGGCGGUGGGCUUGGUCCAGGGCUGUUUGUUGGGACAUUCCCUUCUGGUGGUGGUGAUGGAGGAGAUGAAGUCGGAGGUGAGAUUGGACCCUCCUUUGGUGGCGCUGUUGGAGGCGAGCUAGGUGAUGAUGGUGGUGGAGAUGUAGGAGGUGAAGCUGGGGGCUGGCUAGGAGGUGAUGAUGGUGGGGUCGAAGCAGGUGGUGGGGUGGCUGGAGGAGGAGUAGCCGGUGGUGGGGUUGCUGGAGGAGGAGUAGCCGGUGGUGGGGUUGCUGGAGGAGGAGUGGCGGGAGGUGGGGAUGCUGCCGGGGGAGGAGUAGACGGGGGAGGGACGGCGGGGUGGAAGGUGGCUGAGCCGGAGCAGCACCUGGAGCUUGAGCCAUACAAGAAGUGGCAAAUAAGGCUAAAAACAUUACAAAUUGGAAACCCAUUUUCAUUCUCUCUACCAAACAAAAGAUAGAGAGAGAUGUUAAAAGAGAAAAG